UUGUAGAAACGAAAUGUAGACAUUGGACAGUCGGAACAAUAUAUUAUGGCUGACGUGAACAUUUUAUUUAGUUACAUCAUCUUAAAACCCUGACUUGUUUCAUCGAAAUAUCUUAGUUUGAGAAGUUGUUGAAUAUUGAUCUGGAGAUGUAAAUAUAUGUACAUGUAUGUAUGUAUGUAUGUAUGUAUGUAUGUAUGUAUGUAUGUAUGUAAUAUCUAAAAGCGUCCAUAUAAUCGUUUCACAAAAUGGCGGAUAGUGGAAGUAGAAUAGGAGAGGAUGAUGAAGUUCCUGGUCGUGUGAAGGAAAACUUGUGUCAACCAUGUUUAAGUAAGGAUAAGAAAACUGUUGCUGACAAGUUUUGUUCAACUUGUAAUGAAUUCCAAUGUAAUGAUUGUUCAAAUGUACACAACGUGCUCGCCAUCUUAAAAAAUCAUAAAUUGAUGGGCGUGAAAGAAGCUGAUGUUGCAAGUUUCUCGAUUAAAAUGAAGGCCUUAGAUCUAUGUGAUCAACAUCAACGUUCUUUAGAAUUUUUCUGUGAAGAUGAAAAGAAACUUUGCUGCAGUACUUGUGCUAUUAUUAAUCAUCGAAAAUGUCACAGUGUUGUAGAAAUUGAGAAGAUUGCCGGAAAAAUAAACAAACGAAUUUCUACCUUAGGGGAGAAAUUAAAGGAAGCUAAAGAAGCUGCUGAGAGCGUUGCGAGAUAUAUUCGCUCUUCAAAACAUCAACUUGCUGGAGAUAUAAGAGAAAUACAUGUAGAGGUUAGACGAUUGCGAGACAAAGUUAUGAGAAUGUUUGACGAUUUAGAAGAGUCCGUCGUCAAUAGUGCUGAAACUAUUGAGAGAGAAACAUUAGAAAAUUUAACAAGGAAACAAACACAAAUCGAGAAACAUUUGGCUGAUGUUACAUCGUGCUUAGAGACGAUUGAAAGUAUUUUCAAAAAUGGAACUUCCGUGCAGAAAUAUAUAGCAGGACAGAAAAUGGAGAGUAACGUCAAUGCUCUCAGCAGAAACAUCAAGGAGGAAUGUCAGAAUUUAGAGACAAUGAACAUUUCUUUUCAUUUCGACGAAACAUUAAAGAUGCCACCAUUACCAAUCACUGAAUAUGUUCCAGGACAAUUACUAUUUAGGUCUGCUCGACAGGGAGAUGUUAAUUCUGUUGAAAUGACGAUGAAGUUAACACCAGUUUCUGCCACUGUUUUGAAGAAGACGGGAGAUGAUAUCAAAAUACCGUUAUAUACAGGUAUAGAUUUUCUAGCUGAUGGUAGACUGGUGGCUGUGGAUAACAGUAACAAGAAAUGUUUAGUGUACAAUGAAAAGCUUGAGAAUGUAGGAUCAUAUAAGCUGUCUUUCAUACCAUUAUCUGUUGUUGUAGUAUCUGAGGAGGAAGUAGCGAUAACACGUUGUGGUGAAAAAAAAAUAGAAUUUUUACAUGUUAGUAAAUGUAAUGAAAUAAGUUCAAGUAGGACAUGUAAAGUGAAAAAGAAAUAUGACUCUAUAUGUUUGAAAAAUGAUAGACAGUUUGUAGUUGGGACUUAUGAUGAACCAAGACCUGUUCGUAUUUUAUCAUUGACAGGAGAGGAGCAAGAUUUGAGAAUUAACUUUCCAAACAAGACAUAUCCUAUAGGCACUAGCGCUAGUACUUACAUAAGAAAUAGCGACUAUAGCGAAAUAUUGGUGAUUACAGAUAGAUACGAGCAUACUGUCUACAUAUAUGAUUUCAUCGUGAGAAACGUAAAGAAUGACCAGAUAAAGGGACCAUGUGGUGCAGCAGGUGGUCCUUCUGAUACUAUCCUGGUGUGUUGUCGUGAAACAGACACCAUAGUACAGAUAUCACAAACAGGUCAGAUACUAUCAUCGCACAAGAUAGAUAUGAAAAAUCCAUUUAGGGUAUGUGUCUCGCGUGAUAAAUCAUUUCUUGUUGUAACAAAUAUCUGUGUUGGAAAUAGGAAAAUGCAGAAAUUCAAAAUAUUAACAUAGUUAACAGCUCUGUUCUCUGUUUCAAAGAUCCACGCCCACUCACACACAAAGUUAUUAAAGAAUGAAACAAGAAUUUAUGAUGACAUAUGAUGGAUGGAUCAUUGAAUUAUACUUAUGGUCUAUUACCAAUGUAGCUGCUCAUACCGAAAAAGAUAUAAUAACAAUUAUAUAGAAUACAAGAAUAUUCUGGGAAAAUCAGUGCUCAUCAAAAUGAAGUCAAUGUAUGCUAUGACAGACAGAUUAAGGAGUAAACAAUUCAAUAUUAAUAAUUUCAAUAAAUAUUCAAUUGAUAUACUUCUUUUAUUUUAAGCAGACGAGCAAUAAACUUGAAAUUCAUCAAUUAUUCGACAGACUUAACUUUUCGUGUACAGACUCAAACCGAGUCUGCUAUUUUUGUGUAAUACUAUUGUGAUUAGUGUUACCUUACCAAAGGAUCACUUUUUCUCUAAAUUUUUUAUUUAGCACUGCUUAUAUGUAAAGUAGUUGCGUUCUGUACCAUCGUUAUCUUAUUUUUGUAAUCAUCACAUAAUGUUGACUGUAUAAUGGUACAUUUGAUUGUAAAUAUGAAUUUGCUGAAUUUUUUUUGUUAAAUAAUUUGUGAUAUAAUGUCAUUACGUUCUUUUUAUACCUUUAACCCUCAGAUUCUGCCUGACCUGAAAGUAAUUAUGCUUUCCCACCAGUAUACAGCCAGCAUGUACAUUUUUUCUAUUUUAAUAUUGAAAUCUAGUAUACUUCAAAUGGACUGUACCAACCUCGAAAAAGACUAAUCCAUUUCCCAAACUUAAGCAGUUUAAUGGUUUAUAAGUUAACGUUUACAUCAGUUUUCUGGCUUCAGUUGACUUUCUAUUAUAAUAUAAUAGAUAUGUAUAGAAUUAUUGAAAUGUUAGAAACUAUUUUACUG